CGGGGGUGGUUGGUCGGUUCACUCCCGCCGUUGAUUCACACUCGGCGCGCACCCAGCCCGGGUUAAUCAUUGCCCCGGGGGCGGGGGACUCGAGAGGUCUCUGGCGAGAUUCCCGCUGGCCAUUUGCGUCUGAGACGGUGACGGCGAGAGGAGGACGAUGGGGACCCGGGCUCUCACCUGGCUUCUGUGCGCGGCCGUUCUGCUCACCUGCGCGACCGCCCUCAAGAGGCGUCUUGACAGCUCGAGGAGGGAGGGCUGCUCGGGAGGUGGCGGAGAUGCGGAGACGCUGCGAAACGUGGAGGAGAAGGUGACAGCUCUCUGGAGGAGUCUGUUGCACCCUGACGUGCGCGGGGAGCCGCUCCGUGCAGCCUGCGCCAUGGGGCCCAACCGGGCGCAGCCUGCGGACUCGCAGAUCCCCGUACGAGGAGUGGUGCUCUUCCACCAGAAGUCGGCGCUGGAGCCCCUAGAGAUGGCGCUGCGCCUGGAGGGCUUCCCGCGCGAGCGGCGCUUGCACGGCAUCCACGUCCACGCACACGGCGAGAUCGCGCCGGGCUGCGAGGCCGCGGGGCCCCACUUCAACCCCCACGAGGCCCACCACGGAAGCCACCCCGGGGACUUUGGGAACUUCCAGCCGGACGCGCAGGGCCGCGUGCAGCAGCUCAUGCCCCGCCUGCACGCCACGCUCUACGGGCCCGACUCCAUCGUGGGCCGCUCCAUCGUGGUGCACGAGGGCGAGGACGACCUGGGCCGCGGGGAGGACGAGGGCAGCCGUCUCCAUGGCAACGCGGGGAGGCGCAUCGCCUGCUGCGUCAUCGGCAUGGCGAGCGGCGCCACGUGGGAGCAGCACAGCCGCCCCUAGCGCUCACCUCGCUCACCACUCGUCCACUCACCACUCGUCCACUCGUCCACUCACCACUCGUCCACUCACCAUACACAUCUAGCACUCACCGCACUCACCACUCGUUCACUCACCACUCGUCCACUCACCACUCGUCCACUCACCAUGCACAUCUAGCACUCACCUUGCUCACCACUCGUCCACUCACCACGCACAUCUAGUACUCACCUCGCUCACCACUCGUCCACUCACCACUCGUCCACUCACCACUCGU